CAUGUCGGCGCAGGCCCACAUGCGCACGAUGCUGGACCAGUUGAUGGGCACCUCCCGGGACGGAGAUACUACUCGUCAACGAAUCAAAUUCAGUGAUGACAGAGUAUGCAAAAGUCACCUUCUGAAUUGUUGCCCCCAUGAUGUCCUGUCUAAAACUAGAAGGGAUCUUGGAAAAUGUCUGAAAGUCCAUGACCUGGCUUUAAGAGCAGAUUAUGAAAUUGCAUCCAAAGAACAAGAUUUUUUCUUUGAACUCGAUGCUAUGGAUCAUCUGCAGUCAUUCAUUGCAGAUUGUGAUCGAAGAACAGAAGUGGCUAAGAAAAGAUUAGCAGAAACUCAGGAAGAGAUCAGUGCUGAAGUUGCAGCAAAGGCAGAACAUGUUCAUGAGUUAAAUGAAGAAAUCGGUAAAUUGUUGGCUAAAGUGGAACAGCUAGGAGCUGAAGGGAAUGUGGAGGAAUCCCAGAAAGUAAUGGAUGAAGUAGAGAAAGCACGGGCAAAGAAAAGAGAAGCAGAGGCAGUUUAUUGGGAAUCUAUGCCAGCUUCCAGUUUCCAGCAGCAGAAACUUCGAGUCUGUGAAGUUUGCUCUGCCUACUUAGGUCUUGAUGAUAAUGACAGACGACUGGCUGAUCAUUUUGGGGGUAAACUGCACAUGAGAUUUAUUGAAAUAAGAGAGAAGCUUGAAGAAUUAAAGAGAGUUGUAGCUGAGAAGCAGGAGAAAAGAAACCAGGAAUGCCUAAAAAAAGAAGAAAGGGAGAGAGAAGAAAGGGAGAAGCUGAGGAGGUCUCGAUCACAUAGCAAGAAUCCUAAAAGAUCCAGGUCCAGAGAGCACUGCAGACAUAGGUCUCGCUCCGUGUCAUGGGAACGGAAAAGGAGAACUCUAUCCAAAUCCCGGGAGAAACGCCAUCGCCACAGGUCCCGCUCCAGCAGCCAUGGUCGCAGCCGCAGCCGCCAGAGAAGUGGGCACAGUUCUAGAGACAGGAGCAGAGAGCAAUCCAGGAGGAGAUCCUCAAAAGAGAGAUUCAGAGAACAAGACUUAGCAUCACGUGACAGAGACAGGAAUUCAAGAGACAGAUCACCUCGUGACAGAGAUCGAAAACAUAAGAAGCGGUCCUAUGAGAGCGCUAAUGGCAGAUCAGAAGACAGGGGGAGCUCUGAAGAGCGUGAAGCAGGGGAGAUAUAAUUAGCUGUGUACAUAUCCUCAAUCCUUAAGCUUCCUCUGGAGUUACAUACUAUUGUUUAGUUUACAGCUGUUCAGGGUGACACAGUGAGUAGUUCCAGAC